AUGGCUAUUCUCAAGGCCUUCACUACUGCUGUUAUAGCCGCUCUCUCUUUGAGCGUUGCUGCUGCCCUUGCGCAAGACAGUAACGGUCAAAAAGAUAAAUAUAUUGUCACCCUCAAGAGCGGCAUUUCCACUCGCGAUGUCGAAUCCCAUAUGAACUGGGCCCGAGGCAUCCAUGAUGCCAGCCUGGGUCGUCGCGCCCUAGAUUUGCCGGGCAUUCAGAAGAGGUAUGACUUUGGUGACUUCCACGCUUACUUGGGGUCAUUUGAUAAAGAGACUCUUGAGAAAAUCAUGGGCAACCCAGAUGUACUAGGCGUCGAGCCUGAUGGAAUAACAAUGCCGUUAGCAUUGACAACGCAGCAGAACCCUCCGUGGGCUCUAAGCGCCAUGUCUAGCCGAACACCAGGGCCCCAGCCCUAUCGGUACGACGAUAGCGCUGGCCAAAAUACCUUUGCAUACGUACUAGAUUCAGGUGUCCACGAUAAACAUGUGGAAUUCGGUGGCCGUGUUACCCCGGGCUGGAGUGAUUACGAACAGGACUUCCCAGGCAGGCCGCAUGGUGAUGUUACUGGCCACGGAACCAUGGUUGCCGGUAUUAUCGCCUCCAAUACCUACGGUGUCGCCAAGAAGGCAAAUAUUAUUGCUGUCCAGACGGAUCAGACAGUAUCAGGAUUGCUAGGCAGCAUAGCGUGGGCCGUGCGGGAUAUCCAGAGUCAAGGCCGCGUCGGUCAGGCCGUUAUUAAUUACUCGGGAGGGCUCCAUACUGUUUCCAAUUCUGCCGGAUACCCGUAUCAACCCGGAAUUGCCAUGGCCAAGAGUAUGGAUAUUGCGUUUAACGAAGGGAUUCUCUGCGUCAUUGCUGCUGGCAACGACGGUAAAGUAGUUGAACAAUCCACAACUCCUUAUCAAGGCAACUCUACUACUGCUUUAGUGGUCGGCGGAAUUAAUCAACAAUGGGAUUUUAUGCGCCUCUCCAACCACGGUCCCAGCGUCGAUAUUCUCGCUCCUGGUGAGAACGUUAUAACGAUUACUAGAGACUCCGACACGGCCACAACGGUACAGUCGGGUACUUCGCUCGCAGCUCCCCACGUUGCCGGGCUGGCAUUGUAUCUAAUCGCUGCCGAGAAGAUUAAGACGCCCACGGAGCUUAGGGCUAGGAUCUUGGCUCUUGCCACCAAGGACAAAAUUACCAACGUCCCGGCUAACACGGUUAACCUGCUUGCGUUUAAUGGGGUUCAGUAG